AUGAGAAUGACUAGUCAGACCUUCUACGGGUUGAGUAUGCAUUGGGCUCGAUACUGCGGCAUGUUCGAAUCUGCCACCAAAGACGACAUCCAAUUACCACAUGAAAGUGAUCCGCUGGAGCGCAAAACGCAUUACUGGAAGCUAUGGGUCGGUAAAGAAAGCCAGCUUCGAAUUCUCCUAGGACUAUAUAUCAUCGAUGGAGUGGUCUCUCAAUACAGCGGCAACGGAUUCGGCACGCCGUGGCCCAGUAUAAGCACCUUGCCACUGCCAGCUAGUGAUGCGGCAUUUAACGCGACUUCUCCGGACAAAUGGCUAUUGAGUAUUGGAGACAUCGACAGGCAACGGCGAACAGAUAGCCUUAAUGAUCUUUGCUAUCGAUUCUUUGCUCCACAGAAUAGAGACCAUGACGACCAGUUCACGAUAAUCCUGGAACAAGAGCUGGAACUUUUCAAUACCAAGAUUGCACUAGAAACUAUGUAUUGUCUGGCUACAGCUUCAAACCGUACCGAGCGUCCACCAGUGGGAAUUCCAUCGAAGCUUGAUGUUUCCCGAGCUCUAUCCUUACUACGCUGGCACUCUAUAUGCCUGGACACAAUCAAAAGUACUGCAAACGGCGCUCGACGGAUGUGUUAUCAGUUCGGACUCACACAGCAUAUAUUCGGAGGUUUGACAAGACAGGAGACCGGCAUUAACCCCCACCGAUGGAUCCAAGGGCCCAAUGCACGAAAAUGCGUUGCUCAAGAUGUCUACCUUCCUGGUGGUCUCUUUGCUGCUGCUACGACAUACAGUUCCUUUGCACUCGCAUCUACCUUGAAAAUAGCCAUCCCGUCAUCGGUUGACUGGGAUGUCGUCCUUUUGUCGGGGUUCGAUGGUUAUUCGCUACCCUCCACUGGUGCGGUCGGUGUGACUGAAAGUGCUCGAGGGACAGCUAUGUUUAUACAGGGUGUUCUCAGUCCACUCGAUGGUGAGUGCGAGGUGCAUAAUCUGCUGUAUGAUUUGACCUCGAUCAAAACGCUCUUACGUGCAAUGUCGGUCCACUGGGGAGUUGCACGGGAGAUGGAAGAGGUGAUUGACGCAUGGACACAGCGAUUUGUUUGA